UACCUAGCGUUGCUGUAUAUGUUGCACUGUAGGCGAAUAACUAUCACAGAGGUGCGGACGGCCAGUGGUUCAGGAGCAACAUCUGGGGCAAUCACUUUCAGAGGCUAUCACACCGGAUCUCUGUGAAUAUACGGCCGAAAGCGUCUCUGGCUCUUUGCAGAGCUCGCUAUCUGACGGUGUACACAGUAGAAGGUAAAAAUUUCGUGUCCUCAUCUCGUUCACCGUGCUUCUCCCAUACGGUUGCGAUGUCUUUUCUAUUUUGUUUUUCGUCGGUGCUCAGAACGAACGGCACGAGAUCGGCAUGUUCCUGUCGUGCACGCAUCUGUCGGGCAAAGGCGAUGCUGACCUUUCGUGCGUCAUCAACGAAUCAAGCGUGGGAGGCAGCACGGUGGCCUGCUAUACGAGCCAGGCCAGCAAGUGGCCCGGUGUCUACCUGCCUGCACUGCGGAACUGGUGGGCAGGCCUUCUAGCAGGAUGGAACCUGGCAGCCCGCCCUGCAGAUCAGGUGGCCAGCUUUUCUUGCAGCCUGGUGUCUGAUGCCGGCUUUGCUGACGUGGUGGCCAGCUGUUCUUUUGGCCUGCUCGACUGCGGAUCAGAAGAUCGAGCAUGCGUUAAGAAUCUCAGGUGGCAAAAGGUCUACCCAUUUCUUCAUCAAAAAGAUAAUUUGGCAGUGUUGUUGGCUAAAAUAUACAAGAUCAGUGUCUGUGUUAACUUCGUUUUUGUGGCGCUGUGA